UACAGUAUUUUUCACUGACCGAUCACAACUGACAUGGCAACUCCGCAGGUCUUUCAUAUGUCACUGUCAUAUGACAUUGACGUGAUUGACCCAAUAAAUAUCGCGUUGCGCGGUAAGCUCAAAUGAAAACAAUGUUAUUUACAAAGCAUAAGUUUCCGAUCGAUAGCCUGAAGAGAAGAGUAAAUCUAGACUCAGGUCUCAUCUCUUUCGCCCAGGCGGACCGCGAUCUACGCCUAAAUUGUUGUAUACUGUAUUGAUUAGAGCUUUCCUUCCACUUCGCGUGUGUCAGUCAAAUGCAGGGCAGUUUUAAGAUACAACUGAUUAACAUGGGGACGCGGGCGGCGGCCUUCACGGCGAAGAUCCGGAGCCUAUACGACUGCCAGCUCCGGCUUAUGCACAACAUCCAACCGCUGCCCUCCGGCACAGACAUCGCCAACACCGUCAAAUACUUCUCGCAGACUCUGCUCAGUGUUCUCAAAGAUGUCCCGCGAUCCCCUUUGGAAAUGAUCCGUGACGCGGACAACGAUGCUGAGCGGAUGGGCCUGUACCCCAACCUGGACUACAAGGGACUGUUCAACGCGAUAUCACAACUCGUUGACUCGGCACCUCACUUGCAGUAUGGAAUACAAGCAUUCGGCCAAGCAGUGUUACAGUGCCUUGGCUGCCUGCUACCGUUUUUGGAGUACGACAUGAUCGACAACCUUCCGUACUUAGUCGCGUACUGCGUGGCCGUGUUCCCUGCUAACCUGCACCAGGGGAUACUACAUCUGCUCUGCUAUUACAUACUGCCUUUUACUAUCACUCGACGGUAUUCGGGUCUCGAGGAAGAGAGUGAGGCGUCUCAGUCUGUAGGUGCCAUCAUAAUGAUGGUGUUCCAGCACUCUAGCAAUCCUGCGCACCACUGCCAGCUGCUGGAGUGCCUCAUGGCCAUGAAGCAGGGCGUGGUGAAGGACGUGCUGUGCGUGGUGGCGUACGGCACGGGCGGCGCGCGCGUGUCGGCCGCCAAGCUGCUGUUCUACUACUGGCCGCCCUUCGACGCCACGCUGUUCGACCGCAAGGGCCUGCUGUGCAAGUUCACCAAUGAUCUGGUCCCAUUCUUCUGCCAGCGGGACAUGUGCCCGAACGCCGGUUCAGCCGAAGCGGCGAAGGUGUGCUACGACCACUGCAUCAGCGUCACCUUCGCCUCCGACACGCCUCCGCCCCUGUAUCUGUGCAUUGAAUGCGCUAAUGAAAUACACAGAGAACAUCCAAACCAAAGGUUUUUCGACAUUUUGCACCCCCAACAGCAAGUGUCGAUGGUGUGCGAAAACAAGAAUUGUCGAUCAGCGGAUAAGGCUGCAUACUCGAUUUGCUUCUCCAACGAAUGCGCCAGUUACAAUGGAAAUCAUCCCAUACGCUACUGCCAGCAGUGCCACGGCAACCGCCACAACAGCCGGCGGGGCGGCGACCACGUCGUGCACACGCGCCUGCCGCCCGCCUGGCAGAUGGACAGCGACAUGCAGACCAACCUGGUCGAGGCCAUCAUCAGCCUUCUGAAAGAAGCUAAGCCAAUAAACAUGGAAGACCCGGACAGUUCUACAGAAGCGAUCAAGUCAACGUUGAGCGUCAACCUUCCCGAUCCGAUACCCGUUGAAGAUAGACAGUUACUUGGCAGAUACGGGGUGUGGUUAAUGGUGGGUCUGUGUUCGCCGAACCCCGACACGCCAGACGAAGUACUAGGACGACUUCUUUCUGUCCUCUUCCAUUGGUUUCAUGUCACAUCCUUCUCAUAUUCUGGUGAAAUAGCAAACACCGUGGAGAAGUUGAAAUCGGAACACGUGUGUCCGUGGUUGCGGAACAUCGCGGAGAAGCACCGGCGCGUGCUGACGUCAUGUCUGCUGCCGCACCCGCCGCAACACAUGCGCGUGGCGGGCCACUGGGACAACCUAGGCUCCAAGAUCGCUCAUCUCAAAGAUGGGCUCAACAGAUUAUACUGUUUGAUCCCAUACGGUAUCAUCACCCAGUCUAUUUGGGACUACAUCAUGCCGCAUUGGAUGGAUGCCAUUUGCGAAGAUGUUCCGGAAAAGGAGCUGCUGGAGCUGAAGGUGUCGGUGGCCAAGGUGCUGGAGCCCGACGGCAGUAUGCUGGGCGUGGACGAGCGCAACCUGUACAACUUCGCCAUCCUGCGCGUGUCCGACCAGCCGCGCCCCGACACCGUGCUGCCCGUGCUGGAGUGGUUCCAGACAAUAUCGCUGCUGGAAGUAAAGAUACCGUUGUCAACUUUAUUCGACCUCUUCAGUCACUGCGUUGUCAAUUUACCUGAGAGGAUUUGUAAACCGCCUAACGGUAUGUCCUCAGUGGAUGUCAAUAAGCCGAAGGAAAAUGGAACGAGUGACCAAACGUCAAAUAACGAAAAGGAAAAGGACAAAGAUGACGAGACGAAGCCGCAGAAUCUGACAUGUUGCAUACUGAUGCUCGAUAUACUUUUGAAGCAGAUGGAGCUUCAACAUCAUCGCAUCAACAUACAGAAUGUGAGCAGUGAGGCAACGAAGUUGUUACGUCUCAUGUUGAAGUCAAAUCAAAUGAACACAAUUGAACAUGCGGAGUGCCGGUCAGCGGGAGCGUGCGCGUACUGCGAGGCCGCGGCGCUGUGCCACCAGCUGGCCGUGCGGCUCGUACGUACGCUCGUGCCGCACUCGCCACCGCAUCACUCGGAGACAUCGACCGAAGAGGCGUGGUCCGAAACCCUCACAAAGAAGAACCAAUCAGAAGACGAGCGCAGUAAAUCCGGUGGGACGCCCGCGACGUCUGUGGACGCACUCAUGACCAUCGCGCAUCCGCUCUCCGAGAAGGGUUCUGUAGGAGGGGUGCUCGUUCAUAUGCCGCAUUUUGUUCAUUUCAUGCAAAUGUCACUAAUAAGCGACAUCGGGUCGGACGCCACUCUGACAAAAUCGUCAGGCGAUACGCAAAUUAUGACGGCAACGGUUGAGACAAUAACGGAACAGCUGGACAUGGCGGUGUCUUUGCCGCCCGCGGAACAGCCACCCGUGGCGACGGCGCACUCCAUUACACUGACGGACACCGAUGUUGCCACUGCAACUGCCAACGUAUCCACGCCUAACUUAUUGGGCCAGAAUGAAGGAGAAUCAGUGGAUGAUGAUAUGACCAACUUUUGGCCCACUUCUGCGGGAAAGUUUCAUUUCUGCAUUGAAGAGCUGCCUCAGGAACUUCAAUACAUUCAUCAAUUGCUACAGGAGCUGAAGAACACUAAACGACCAGAUGUACUGUACCAUCUACUGCAGUGUCUUCAAGUGCUGGUGCUAAACACUGAUGCUCUGGCGGAACAUAAAGGCUUCUUGAUAUGGUGCCAAGAGAAUCUCCUCAUUGAUAAUCUUUGGAACGUCUGCGAUGCGGCCCAGUCUCAUAUAAGCUCGGUGGCAGUGCCCGUGUUGCUGCAUUGUGUGACGCUGACGGGCGGGGUAGACGUGUUCUGCGCACUCGUGAGGGACGCCUUCCACCAUCCUGAUGCGCAAAAGCGGUUUACGGCCGUCGAGCGCGUUACCAUGCUUAUAAGGUUCAUGGACGGCUCGCCAAUAAAAACUAGUCUGCCUCUGCAGGCGGCCUUGGCGACGGCAUUCUGCUAUCUUAUUUCUAGCAUGGACGACAUUAACGUGUACGUCGCUCAGAGAGCCACUCUCUAUAUCGGGACGAUUCAUGACAAUGCUAUUGACCUACUGCUUUAUUGCCUCGAGACACAAUUCGACCUGGUCAUAGUGGAUCGUCCCAUGAUACUUCAGUCGAUCUACCAGCUACACAACACGCUAAGUGAUCGCCGCAUUCUCACCUGGGAAUUCUUCCUGAAUCGCUUUGAGGCCCUGCUUCUGGAAGCACAGAUCAACUCUAACAAACAUGUUGACUACUCCAGCUUACGGGACCUGCUGAGCCGCUCGGAGUGGGCGGAGGCGCGCGUGCGGCGCGCGCACGAGGCGCUGGCGGGCGCGCCGCGCUCGCUGGCCGCGUCGUUCGGCGCCAAGUGGCCCUACAAGCGCACCGUGUCGGCGCCCGCCGCCGUGCCGCCGCAGCCGCACGCAGUGUUCGCGCCAACGGAAAGGGAGAAGGUUUAUGCGCGCCAGUACUCCGCCCCGCUCCUCAAGAGGAAGACGUCGCGUUUCGGCCUAGGCCUGGGACAGCUAUUGACAACACCACAGGCGCCGCCCGCCACGCCACGCUCCAACAAUACGCACGAUUGCAUGCACUCACUAUCGGGGCGGUCGACUGACGAUACGAUGACGACGGUGUUGCCUAAGGCGGUCGACUUGGAGGAGGCUGAUAAAGAAACUACCAAUUUACUGGUGUUCUUAUUGAUGCAGUUUUUGUCAAGAUCUGACCAAGCGCACCCCACAGAAGACAAGUCUUGUUUGAAGACUCAAGAACUGGUGCUGAGACAUUUGUUCCUGUUGCUGGGAUACAACGCCAUGGAGAGGGUCUUUACUAUAUCACCACACACACUUAGAAUGUCGUCCAUCUUCAACGCCUUUAUGGCGAACCUGCCGCAGGUAUUGGACCAGAACCACGUGAUGGGAGCCAGCAUCGCGGAGCCGACCCUCAUGUUGCUGCAGCACUGCAUCCGGCCGGCGCUGGGCGGCGGCGGCACCGCGGCCGCAGUGCACUCGCUGGCGGCGCUCGAGCCGCACGUGCGGCGGCACUGGCUCAUGGCGCUGCUGGUCGUGCUGUACAAGUACCACUACAGCAGCGGGGCGCUGUGCGCGCUGGCCGGCGCGCUGGUCCGUGCCGUGCUGCAGUCGGUGGAGGCGCAGUACCACCAGUGCAAGCGCAUCCCGCCCGUGCUGCUGUUACCGCAGCAACGGCCGCACUGCUCCCAGCAGCACCACGCCAGAGAGAAUCGUGAAGUGCCAUUAAAAGUAGAGGAGCCGACCUCGCACAAGUCGCCCGCUCAUUGGCCCGAGCCGCCGGAACCUGCCAAGUACCAGCAAUGGAGUCUCGAGCAGGAGUCGUCCGAAAGCGAGCUGAUAGCCAUCCCAGAGACCAGCGACAAAUCCGACACCACCGUCCACGGCAGCACUGCUCCCGGCUCAUUCGACGAACCGUCUCACUAUGAAGAACCGCCAACCACUACACAACCGCACGGCGUUUCCUACCCGGGAUUUGGCAAAGUUCCAGCCGCAGUGGGAUCGCGCUCGGCUCACCAGUUGUCUACGAGUUCAUCCGUCUCAAUCGGCAGCGAUUCAUCCAAUUUGAAGUCGACGCCCAUGAGCGGUCAAUCAGUGGAAAUUUGGCCCGACCAGCUCCAUCAGCAACCUUCGCCGCGGACUAAGAUACUCGGCAAGCAGAAGCGGAUUGUUGUUGGCAGUAGUACGUCCCCGGAUACAGCCGCGUCGUCCAACGGCGACGCACUCGCCCAGCCCCAACAACACGCAUUACUACGAAGCCCUGGUGUGGCGUACGCGUCACCCGAGUCUCCGCUAUCAAAAAUGGAGGUGGCGUGGAACGGGCCUUCCCCGCACCCCCCGCACCCGCAACACCUGCCCGCGCACACCUUCCACAUUCCGCCGCCUGCACCAGAAAGAUUGUUGCCUAUCGGUCCGAAGCCCAAUAAAGAGCAGUAUCCAGUGUUCAACGCGCUGGUUGACCGAGUUCGUGAGGCUCUCAAUAUACCUGACGUGUUUUCAGACGACUCCGCAGAGCGCACGGACUCGAGCGAGGCGGAGCAGGCGCCCACCAGGCCUCAUCGGCUCGCCGAUCGACCCUCGUCGGAGAGCUUCCGUUCCCCUCGUCGCCUCGCUCGCCAGGCGGCACAGCUGGGCUCGCCGCCCCCCGCCGCCCCGCAACCGUCGCAGCCCCCGCAGCCGCCGCCCCCGCCACAGAACGCACCAACGCAAAGGCCGGCGCGACCCCUAUCUACAGACGGCGGGCAGGCGUGGUGGGGCGGCACGCGGCGCGCGGCGCGCCGGGCGGCGCACGCGCAGCCCGCGCCGCUGCGGCCCGACGCCACGCUGCGGUAUCGAUGCGGGGAGUGCGGCGGCGCGGCGGAGCAGUACAGCGACGAGGAGCUGGGGCUGUGCGUCAUCGUGCUGGCCACGUUCGUGCGCCGCGAGCCCGCCGCCGCCGCCGCGUUGCUGCCGGCCUUGCUGCACAGCGUCACCCGGGUGGUGCAGCUGGGCGGCUACUCGUGGCAGGCGGAGAGCAGCACGCGGCUGCCGGGCAGCGCCGUGCUGGUGGCGCACCAGUUCCUGCGCUGCGUGCUGCACCAGCUGGCGCCGCACAACGUGUUCCUGCAGCUGUUCCUGCAGCGCACGCCGGAAAAACAGCGUCAAAUGUUCUUCAAGAGCGUGGCGCAGGCUUUCGUGGACUUCAACGAGCUGUACCCGUGCGGACCCUUGCAGUUGCUCAUAGAACAUCUGAACUCUAAGAAGACCUUGCCUAUUGAUCAAAUGGGCGUGAUAGCGGGAAACAUGGCGAUGUACCUGGAGUGCCUGGCCCCCGAGGCGCUGGGCCCGGUGAGUGCGUGCAGCGCGCUGCUGGCCGCGCUGGACACGUUGCUGCGUGCAGUGGCGCUGCAGCUGCCGCAAAUGGACGACGCGCUGCCGCUGCUGCGGGUGUGUGCCGCCGCGCUGCGCGUGCCCGCCGCCACGCACCACAAGAGCCUGCUGGAGCCGAUGUCGAAGAUCGUGAGCUUCGCGGUGCAGAACUGCGGCGUGCGGCUGUGCGCGCUGAGCGAGCUGGGCGCGGGCUGCGUGCGGGCCUUCGCGCGCGACCGCGACAAGCUGCUGCUGUGCCGCGUGCUGGUGUACGAGCUGCUGCUGGCGCUGCGGGCCAAGAGCGCGCCGCCCGACCGCACGCUGUGCGCGCUGCUGCAGUUCGUGCUGCAGGGUCACGGUUGCACCUUGUUGCUGCCUCCGCAACUCAACACCGGGGAGCUGUUGUCAGGCGGAGGGCCUGAAGCGAGGGACCUGGGCAGCGGCCCGGUGGAUUGCAUGAGGCCGCAUCUCGCAGAUAUGAUUGACCUUCUGCACGAUCCGAAUCUGCUUAACAAAAUUAAGGGUUCAGUGUCAAAGUCAAUAGUGAACCGAAACCUCAUAUGCCUCAAUGAAGAUACCCUGGGUGCGAUAGUGAAGGGAGGCAUAGCGCAGUACGUGGCGAUGGAAUUGGCUUUGGAACAAAGCCGCGGCAAGCAGGACCGCGGUCCGACCAGGCAUAUGAUGCCUUGGCUUACUACUACCUUACCUGGGUCACGCGACGUGGCCGAAUGUGUGGGCCGCGUGCGUCUGGUGUCGUGGGUGGUGCUGGGCGCUCUCAGCAACGCUCGCACGCAUCCUUUGCAGCUGCCAGUGCCAUUAGAUGCUACCUGCCAUCUCACGGAUCAUAUCCAGACGAUAAUGUCGUCGUACGUGGAGCAAGCCCAGGACGCGCAGGGCAAGGGCGCGGCGGGCGGGCCGCAGCGCAUGAGCGCGCUGUGCGGCGCCUUCCUGCUGUGCCAGCUGUGGACGCUGUACGUGUGGCGCUGCGGCGGCUGCUGCGCGCCCGCCGCCGAGCCGCAGCACGGCGCGCACGCGCUGCUGCUGCACUUCUGGUGCAAGCUGGUGCCCACGCUCACGCAGCUCACGCACGCCAACAAGCUGUUGGCCGAAACAGUGAACUUGCAUUUCCUGAGUCUGCUGGAGUCGCUGCUUGAAUGUAACUCCACGGUUCUGAACAAGCUGCUGCCUCUCUGGACGCCUAUUCUGCAUUCGCCACUCUUCAAUAUGCCCCAGCACGUGGCGCAGCGCCUGGAGGCGUGUCGCGAGAUGAAGCCGGAGGUGGUGACCGCCGCCGCGCCGGGCUCUGGCGCGGCGGGCUGCUGCUCGGCCGCGGCCGCUCGCGAGCACCGGCGCCUGUACCGCCUGCUCACCAAGAUGGCGCAGCUAGAACUGCAACCGCAAUCCUUCUACUUCAUAUAAAUUUAUGAAAUCGGAACAUUUAAAAAAAAAAAAUUCGUAAUUGAAAGACCAACCGUCUGAUUGUAAGCGGAAAACCAUCGCCUUUAAUCAGAUCCACACUUCACAGGGCAUUUGCAGGACCAAUAUGACCGUCCUGCAAUAUGUCGCGAGAGUCCAUUAAUUUGAGUCGUAGAUGUGCCUGUAUUUACACUGGAAACCACGGCGGUAGGUUUGGCGGUAGUAGUUCCGCACACGAGCUCUGACACAAAAAGCUCUGUAAAGCCAUAAAUCAAAAGAAGAAGAAAAGGUUCUGCUAUUACUAGUCAUUUUAGGAAUCAUAAUUUUGCCAUUUUAGGAAUUAUAAUUUUGGCAGCUCUCGCCCGUAUAUUCGAUAUUGUCAAACUUCAUUGACUUUUUUUUAAUAUGAAUUCUUUAUUUGGUAACUAUCACCCAUCUACACUAUUAUAUAACAGAAUAAGCCCGCGGCUCCCCGCGACUAGUUUGUCGUCUGUCCACCUGGUUGGGGGGCGACCAACGCUGCGCUUACCGGUGCGGAGUUGCCACUCUAACACCUUGGAAUCCCAAUGUCCAUCGAUUCUGCGAGCUAUGUGCCCCGCCCUUUGCCACUUCAGGUUCGCGACUCGUUGAGCUA